CAACCUCGUACUCGACAAAACAUUCUCAUGUCAAGUCAAUGGCCAACUUGAAUGACACAUGGUAAUAUUUUCCUCAAGGCUUUCGAGCGGGCAUACGCGAAACGAUGGGCCACCCUAUCUAGGCCUUCCAAGCCGGCGUCGCCUUCGCAGAAAUGCACUUUCUGCCGGCACCAUUCAGCAAGCUCAAAGAAGGGCCAGCACCCGCCCACUACUCUGCGACAUAAUGACCAGCUUCGUCGGAGGUACGCUUCCUCUGGAUCAACAGCAUUGUUCACGACGAAUGAAGGGCAAACUUCUUCACCUCCGGCGCAAGCAUCUACAACACACAAACCAAUAUCCCCAGCACGAAAAACCUUGCGAAAUCUCUUUGUGCCAGGUUGGUUUGUCGUCUGGAUUCGCGAAGUCUAUUUCGACUACUCGGUGACUCCGCCCGUUCCUCGCCUGUACGACCCUAUGAGCAACCCACCAGAGUUGCUGGUCGCAGAGUCUGAGCUGAAUUGGUUGCGCGACAACGGCUGGAACCUGGCCGACUAUGAGCGUUGGAUCAAGGCCUAUCACGCAGACAGCACUGGAGAAGCUAUCAGGAUCAUGGACGGAUACGAAUGGCCAUCAUUCCUGAUUAUGCAGGCAUUGAAGAAGAUUAAGUGCAAUGCGCAAGACCUGGUUGCCAUGUUCCAUGUUAUCGAGCAUCAAUGGGAUAAUCUCAACCUUCGAGAUGACGACGUAAUACAAAGAGUUCUUGAUGGAACUUGUCAGGAUAUAGAGGAGACCAGAUUAUACGAACGAGAACAUGCGAAAGUGACGAUCUGCGUACGGUUGAUUGAACGAGCACGAACUAUUGUACCGGUUAUGCUGAUCAGGAUCGCUGAGCUGUGUCAAAGGUUCGAAAUGAGAAAGAACUUCAUCUGGAAUCAUAUCUUGCUGCUAAUUUCUAAGCCACCGGCCCACACUACUACACAUGAUGUUGGUCCCAGGGAAACAGAGGUCCCUGCGACGAAUACAGCCUAUGUACGAGCUGCACAGAUUCUCAUAAGGGAAACGAUGGAGGAAAGGCAUAUCAGCAUCAGUCAUCGAGGAUACAGGGCUCUUUCCAUGACCACAGCCAGUCAGGGUGUCGAGAAGAUGAAGCAGCUGUUUGACCAAAUGAAAAGAGACGGCGUCAAGCCCGAUGGGGGUCAUUUGGCGCUAUACGAGGCUUCAAUUCUACAUAGCGCUUCAAAACCAAGUCUUCACGAGGCGGGGAGUCCAUCACUGCCGAUUGUUUCAUCCCACGCAGGUCCGUGGGAGAUGGCCGUAGCGAAGCUUCAGGCGGUACAGGAUGCACGGACAACUCUUGCGCUUUUCGAUCAACUCCGGUCAGAGACGCCUGAAACACCCCCCGACCUGUGGGCUUGGUAUACACUGUUGGAUAAAGUCAGAAAAGAAACAACUAUCGACGGGGAAGCAAUGAAGCGUGUCUGGUUGAAGAUUUUGGAAGACGGAGUUGUGCCGAAUAGCUUGUUGAUUUUUCAACUAAUCCGCUCGCUGGGAGAAGACCUUGUCACUGCGAAAUGGCUCCUAAAGGAAGCGAAGAAACUGUUCGGAAUUCCAAUGGAUCACCGGAUUGUCCGCGCCCUGCUUAAAAUAAUGCGCCGACAGGAGGAUUUGAGAGAUCUGUACUUCUUGGUCAAGCGGAAUCCUGGUGGGGAGAAUGAUUGGUUCCCGGAUGCCCACAGCUACAAUGGCUUGAUGAGGGCCCUAAUAUCUCGGAAGCGCUGGGGUGUUCCACCAGGACGACAGAGCAAAGAGAUAUGGGGAUUCUAUUGUGAGAUGAGGGAGAAGGGCAUCCUGCCGAAUGGACCGGUGUUGCGGGCAUUAUGUGUUGCAGCGAGCGAGGGUUGGAGUAGUGGUAUUGAGUGGGAGGCGGGUGUCCGGCCGCAGUUUACGGCCAUUCGAGAGGUCCAAAAUUGGAUCGUGGACCCUAGGUACGAGCUAAUGGACGAUAUCAACAUCGCCCGAUCAUUACCACAUCAGCGCACCUGCGAUGCGCUGGCAAGGCUGUACGCGGAGACAAAUAUGACUGCAGACCUGAUAUUGCUGCUACAACUUAUGGCCAGGUUGCGUUUGACACCAGAUAUCAGCACAAUUUGCAUGUUGGUGGUAAUGGCGCAGGAUUCUCGAAACCCAACCUUCAUGGAAGAAGUCCAGGAGUUGAUUGAAGAACUUUGGCCUUCGAUGUAUCCGACGCGAGAGCAGGUCAGGAACACAAGGGCUGCCUUGUAUGAUGGUCAAGCUAUACAUUCAGACUACAACCGCUACCGUAGAACUGAAUAUUAGAUUUUGUGCUGGUUCAUCCAAAUGUCAGGGCAACACCACAGUAA